UUUAUGUUCAUGCUCAUAAGUCCUCUACUUGCAAUGCGUGGAAGAUGCCUUCUGCUCUGAGACUUAUCAGAAGAAUGCUCACCCAGAGGAUAGCUCUAGCAGCCUUUGUGCUCUUUAUCCCAACAUGUUCAACGAAGAAUGAUUCUCCAUUCUCAAUCACUAACAAAGCCACUGGUUUGUGUUUGCUGAGAAGAUCCACACGCUGCCUUGAAAUGCGCUGGACAACCGGUGAUCGUCUUUUUGUGAUCUCAAGCAGAAAGUGCCUUGGAGCUCAGGGCAAAAGUGUGGGCAGUGAAGUAAGCCUCUACGACUGUGACAGCACUAGUGAGCUCCAAAGGUGGGAAUGCAAGAAUGAAACCAUGCUGGCUCUCAAAGACACACAGUUCUACAUUGAAGUCAAACCGGACGAAUCAGUUGCCCUCUCCAGAACUGUGGGGCCGAAUAACGAGCUCACAAUCACAGGGACAUCCAGCGGUGCUUGUUCCAGAACAUACAGAGAGCUUUAUACCAUUGAAGGGAACGCCUUUGGUAGGAUCUGCGCGCUUCCCUUCCUCUACAAAGACCGGUGGUUUGGAGACUGCACGACGUACGACUCUUCAGUAAAGCGCCUUUGGUGUGCGGUUAACACAAAGUAUGAACAUGAGCAGUGGGGAUACUGCCCUACUACUUCCACAGACAACUGGGCGAAGAACCCUGUCACUGGAGCGUUUUUCCAGCUCAACACUCAGUCGGUGCUGACCUGGGCUCAGGCCGACGCCAGCUGCAAACAGCAGGGUGCCUCUCUGAUCAGCAUCACCGAUCCUCACCAGCAGGCUUUUGUCUCAGCGCUAAUGGGAACAGGGAAACAGAAACUUUGGAUCGGGCUGGUCCUGGACCCAGAACAUGGCUGGCAGUGGUCCGAUAGGAAGCCCUUGCGUUAUAUUAGAUGGAGUACAGGACACCCAACUCCUAAUCCGGGGCACAACUGUGCAUUUUCUGACUCUGCUGGGGACCAAACUUGGCAAAGCUCAUCUUGCGUCAAGAAACAGGGCUACAUAUGCUACAAAGACGGGCCCCCGCCAUCUCCUCCACAAAUUGAGCAGGGUUUUUGUUCAACCCCUUGGAUUCCCUACAAUGGCCACUGCUUUCACCUUCAACGUAAUGUUCAAACAUGGCAUGGUGCUCAGAAAGAGUGCCGCAAAGAGGGCGGGGACUUAGUGAGCAUCCGCAAUGUGGAGGACCAAAGCUUUGUCAUCUCGCAACUUGGAUUUGCACCCACUGAUGAGCUUUGGAUUGGACUGAACGACAUACAGACAGAAGGUCUGUUUGACUGGAGCGACCACUCUACUGUCAGCUUCACCAGCUGGGAGUUUGGGAAACCAGCUUUCUCCACCGAUGCAGAUGACUGUGUUCUCAUCAGAGGAGAGAAUGGGAACUGGGCCGAUCGCUCGUGUGAAGAGAAACUUGGCUUUAUCUGUAUGAAGCAGAGUGCCACUGAAAGCACCGGGGAUGAAGUAGAUGUGGAUAUAGGCUGCAAAGCUGGGUGGAGAAAACAUGGCUCCUACUGCUACUUCGUGGGAACAGAGACAAAGACGUUUGAUGAUGCUAACGAGGACUGCAAGAGCUCAGGUUCCUACUUAGCUGAUGUUUCAAACGGGCGGGACAACGCCUUCCUUGCCAGCUUGGUGGGUUUGAGACCUGAGAAAUACUUCUGGUUUGGCCUCUCAAAUCAGAAAAACAUUGAUCAAUUUGUGUGGACCAACACAGAUUCAGUGACGUUUACUCACUGGAACACUGGAAUGCCAGGUUUCGAACGAGGCUGUGUUGCCAUGGCAACAGGGAUUUUGGCCGGACUCUGGGAUCUGCUGCCCUGUACCAACAAGGAGAAAUACAUCUGUAAACACCUGGCAGAGGGGGCCGUUUUAACUGUUGCACCACCGACUCAACCCCCUCCCAAGUGUGAGGACCAAUGGACUCAAGUGGGAACAAGACCUGUCUGCUCUAGGUUUUUCACAGGGCCUCGGGCAAAUGAGAAGACCUGGUAUGAGGCCAGGGAUUUCUGCAGGGCCAUCGGAGGAGACCUGCUCAGCAUCCACAGUCCGGCUGAACUACAUGUGGGAAGAUAUGGGAAAGCCUGGAUUGGACUUAAUAUUCCUGACACGAGCUCUGGUUAUGCAUGGAGUGAUGGAUCCCCGGUAAACUUUCAGCACUGGCAGGAAGGAGAGCCAAACAAUCAUAACAAUGACGAAUCUUGUGCUGAAUUCCAAAUGUAUCACAGGGAUGAUACUGGGUCUUGGAACGAUGUGAAUUGUGAGGCUUACAAUGACUGGCUGUGUCAGAUCCAAGCAGGAGUGACUCCAAAACUACCUCCAAAUAAUACUGUGGUGGACUAUAACACCACUGCAGAUGGUUGGCUUGUGUGGAAAGGGAAUCAGUACUUCAUAAACCAAAACACAAUGUCCAUGGAGGAUGCUCGUCACUUCUGUCAGCAGAGGCAUGGUGAUCUGGUAUCCAUCAGCAGUAAAGGGGAAAAUGUCUUCAUAUGGAAACAGAUUUCAAGAGUCUAUGGGUCAUUUUAUAUUGGUUUGUCGGUGGAUCUUGAUGGGUCAUUUUGGUGGAUGGAUGGUUCUCCAGUGGGGUUACAAAGAUGGGAUGAAAAUCAACCAAAUUCUAAUUCCAUUAGUCAGAACUGUGUUAUUAUGUCUUACUAUAUGGGCUUCUGGAGUACCUGUAAUUGUGGCAAGGAGAACCAGUUCAUUUGUAAACGAAGAAUCUCAGCAUCUGUCAACUCCACUGCAGCCCCCACAGUUCCUCCUAAAGGCGGCUGCCCACUCAAGUGGACCAAGUUUGACUCAAAGUGUUACAGUGUCAUUAGUAACCGGCAGGCCACCUGGGAAGAAGCCAUGAGACAGUGCAUUACCAUGGGAGGAAAUUUGGUUUCAAUUCCCACAAGGCGUGUGCAAGCAUUUCUGACAACAAAAAUGGCUGAAAUAGCAACUACAGACCUGUGGAUUGGUUUAAGUUCUUUAAAACAAGAUGGGUUUUACUGGGCUGAUGGGAAAGCAAGGCGAUACACCAACUGGGGCUAUUCUAAACAUCGACGUCGUCAGGGUACCUUUUAUCAAAGAUGGAAUGAGGACGAAUGUGUUAUGAUGAACAACAGUCCUACCUUUGGCACCGGUAAAUGGUUGAUUAAGUCCUGCAAUGACACCAAUGGAUUUGUCUGUCUUAGAGAUCUUGACCCACAUAUCCAGCCUCAAACAGAGCCAGCGGUUUCUAACAUCUAUGUAACUCUGGGGAAUGACAGUAUCAAGGUUGCAACUAAUAAUCUGACCUGGGAUGAUGCAAAGAAACACUGUGAAGGUGAAAAUGCCAACCUGGCCAGCCUAAGAAAUGAGUGGACCCAAGCCUAUGUCGAGCUGAUGGCUUUGAAUCUCAAAGCUCCUCUUUGGAUUGGACUGAACAAACAGAUAUACGGUUAUUUUAAGUAUAUUGAUGGCUGGCACAUGCACUCUGCCAACUGGGCUGAAGGUGAACCGAGCAGAGACCGACCUUGUGUGUACCUUGAUGUGGAUGGAAAGUGGAAGACUGCUUUCUGCAAUCGGACCAUGAACAGUGUUUGCAUGCAGUCGUCAGUUUUGCCACCUAUAGAGUCCACCAUCUUUCCAGGGAUUUGCCCUCAAGAGACGAAUGAGGAGUACCACCAGAGUUAUACCUGGCUGCCGUUUAAGGGUUAUUGUUAUUUGUUUAUAACCGAUGAAAUUGAAUGGGCAGAUGCAGCUAUUAGCUGUGUCAGGCAUGGUGGAAUCCUGGCUAGCAUUGAAGAUCCUUCUGAGCAACAAUUCAUCAAAAGCAAUGUGGAAAUAUUUCAAGAUAGCCACAGCGCUUUCUGGGUUGGCCUGUUCAAAACUCAUACAGGGGAAUGGAAGUGGUUGGAUAAAACAGUCAUGGACUACAAUAACUGGGCUAUAGAUGAGCCUGAUAAUGACUAUGGACAGUUCGAAACCAUAGAUGGGACUUGGAGGACAGGUCGCAGAUGGCACGACAGAGCAUACAUCUGUAAAACACCCAAAGUGAUGCCCAGUGAUCAAGGAUCAGGAAAAGCUGAACCUCACGGAGGUCAGGAUCCUCGCAGUCGCGUCCACACGAGUUUGAUAGUUGUGCUGAUCAUUACUAUCACUUCUACGCUGAUUGUUGUUGCAUUCUUCCUCUACAAGAAGUCUCCUCGUCGUUUACCCACCUUUGACAAUCCACUCUACUUCGACAGUGAACGAACCCAGCCCGAUGUGGUGGAUACCAAUAAACUGAUAGAGAAUGCAGAAGUAGAAAAUCCUGAGCCAAUUAUAACUCUGUGAUUUAGCAGAAUCUAGCGGGACAUGUACUGUACUGUAUCCCAGACUGAUGUAUCACACUUUGAUGCUUCAUUCGUGUUUUAGCUUUGUUUUUUGUUUUUUUACUAUGGUAUAUAGUAAAGGUAUAUUCAGGUAUUUAACAAUAUGUCACUAAGUGUGAGUUUCAAUGGAGUUGGUGAUACCUGACCUCAAGGAACAGAACAAUUUAGGCUCUAGGAUGUCUCAGUGGGAAUGAUUGGUGUUUGAUUUUGUCUUUAUAUCUAUGAUUGAAUGUAUAUAAUUGUUACACGUUAUGCUCACUAGAUGCUGUUCAUUGCUUGUACUCUUGAAAUGUGUAAAAGAAAUAUCACUGCCUGUCAUUGUUAAAUGAACAUUAUACUUGGCACCAAAGAUAAUUAAAAUGAGUUAUAUCUUAAGAAAUUUAAGAACACAAGGGAUUAAUUAACCUCCCAUCAUCCUCUUUUUGUAGCUGUCCAAAAAGUAGCCACUUGAUGUGGGAAUCACCAAAAUCCCCACAAUACGAUAUAAGCUUUAUACAUUAGUCGCAAUAAAAUAUUAUUGCGAUUUUAAGAAUUUUGUGAUAUAUUUAGUAUUGCGAUAUUAAACAUUGCAAUAUAAUGUGAUUCUUCACCUAUUUUCAACACAAAUUAUUCAGUUUAUCAACAUCUGUUUUAUCCAAUAAGAUAAAGAUUUAAUUCAGUUCAUCUCACUUCUGCCCAUGUAUUUUAAGCCUCUAGCCAAUUAACUAAAAUAUUUACUUUUACCAUCAACUAUUACUUUGUUUAAGUCAUGUUUAGUGGUGAUUUGCAUCAAAACAAAAACAUUCAAAUGAUUAAGAUAUAAAUGAUUGCAUUUUUUUUAUUAAUAAAGAAAAUCUUGUCUUACUUUAAUGAUGUAUGAUAAGCUUCUUCGAGCUAAUGUUAGGAAGUUAAAUAAUUCAUAAUUCCCUCUUCAAUAUCUGUAUAUGUUGCUAUGAAACAUCUAUUUCAAACAACCGAAUUUAUCAAGUUUCUGACCAAAACUUAAUUUAACAACAUUACAUUUGAACAUAUAACGUUACAAUUUACUUUCAUCGAAUACUCCUCUGGAAUACUUUCCUGUUUAGGUCUGGUUUUGUACUGAAUUAAUGGACAAUUGUCGCGGUGAAGCUUCAACCAUUCAUGUGUUUUUGUUUCGUCAACAACCACUUGAGCAAAACUUCAACAGUGACUCGCCAAACAAUGUAGCCGGCCGGGCUUGGGUAAUGUGUUGCUUUUGUCACCCUUGUGAACAAAGCAUUUGUGAGUAAAGGCAAGUUAAAAAAAUUGUGACAUGACCAUUAUUGACAUGUAGCUUCCCAAAUGCUGUGUUGGUUGUCUUCCAUAAUGAUAAACUACACAGAAAGUACGAGCAGUUGUAACAGCCAAUGCUCAUUUUUGUUUCCGUCUGUCAGGUUGGGCCAUUAUUAAACUUAAUUUGUGUAG